AUGUCUUCAUCAGGAGGAAGUGCCCCUGGAGAGUUUGCCCACGGCAAGGUCGAUCCGCAAGAGGCUGGCAAGAAGGGCGGUCUCUCUUCCGGAGGCAGUACCUCUGGUGGCAGCGACGGCACCACCAGCUCCAGCGGUGGUGGUAGUGGCAACAGCGGUGGCAGCCAAAAGGGCGAGUUUGCUCACGGCAAAGUUGAACCUUCUGAAGCAGGGAAGAAAGGAGGUUCGAGCUAG